UCUCCAACUAGCGUACGAGUUAGCUCGCCGCAACCUCAAAGAACGCUCAUCUAAACAAGCGGAUGCGAAUGAGAAACUGUCCUUCCCUAGCUUUAAGCUCGGUGACCAAGUACUUGUCCAUCGUCCAUACACCGAAUCGGCUGGACCCAAUCCCAAGCUCAUAAGCCCUUGGUAUGGUCCGUACACUGUCCGGGCCCAACUUUCGCCCGUCAUCUAUCGUGUCUCGAAACCUAACGAGCCGACCGAAACCACCGUCCAUCUGGGUCGCAUGAAACCGUACAUCGCCCCUACUUCGUCUCCGGUCCCGGACCCUGAAACACUCGAUGAACUGUUUUUAGGAACAACUCUCCCGUUCCCGGAUCUCGAUGGUUCCACAACCGCCGUCACCCUCGGUCCGUACACCAUCGAAUUUAUCGACGGUCAUAAACGGGGGGUAGGAGCAGCCUCGCUGGACAACUUCCAGUACCACCUCAAGUUGAAAGACUACUCGUCACAAUUGGGUCUCUGGCGCCACUACCGUGCUAUUCCCCAAUGUGCCGAAAUGAUUGCAUCCUACCGCGCCGAAAUCUUGUCCCAAGAUCCCUCAGCAUUUUCCCCACCUCGGAGGAACGUCCGUUCAUCCUCCGCCGCUAGCACUUAAUAUGGGCUUACUGUCUGCGCAAUCUUGUCCAGCACCGUUUGUUAUAAUGGUCUGCCGUCCACCAAUCCAUCGGUUUGGCAACAACCUUUGGUCGACGCCCGCGUGCUUGUGAUGUCUUUUGUUUGAUUUUUUUUCUUAUUGCUGCGGCAUUAUCGAGUAUUAGCAUGUUUUCCUGUGCGUACUCGGGGGUAGUCCGUACCCACAUGGCUUUUCUCCUGGUGCCCAUGAUUUUCAUUUGGGACCCGUGCGAAGUACCGCGCACGCCUUGUUAUUAUAUGUUGUUUUAGUUCCCGGCCGCAUGUUUCCACGCCGCCCGGCAACUUCAUUGAUGUGUAUUCUUGUCCCGUUGGUUAACGUCCCGUGGUUCGACUUCGUUACAUCACUUGACGCCCCGCAUCGUUUAUAUGCGCUAGAGCACUCGCACUGCCAGUAAGAUGGGCGCCAUUUGGUAUUCUACUCCGUCUCCACGCGACGUACCGACACAGGCUUGCCUGCAAUUUUCUUCUAGUGUGAAUCGAGCGGUUGGUACCGCCACUCUUCGUGUCUAUGAUGUUUUUGGUGCGUGUAUUGUCUCCCGCGCUGUCUUGGUGUAUUCCACCCGAUUUUUUUUUUAUAUGUCGGGACCCAUGCCCACUCUGCUUUCGUCGUUGCUAUUGUGUCAUUUGGUACUACUUGCAGCUUAGCGGAUGAGGGGUCACCAGAGACCAACGGNCCACCCGAUUUUUUUUUAUGUCGGGACCCAUGCCCACUCUGCUUUCGUCGUUGCUAUUGUGUCAUUUGGUACUACUUGCAGCUUAGCGGAUGGGGGGUCACCAGAGACCAACGACGGAUGAUUAAUAAAAACACGAUUUCAAAACAUCUUUGCCUCCAGGGUAUCACACGCCCUUGUCUUAUCCAGCCUCGCCUCUCUCCGAUCUCGGACAAGCAUCGCUGAUGACGACUGCUUGUCGCAGUAUGUACAUACCGAUGAAUUCGAUUUGUCCUGUGUUCCAUCAAUUCUCGGCCUUGCGACAAUCAAUGUGUUCUUUUUUCUUUGUCAUGUCCAACGUCAAUACACGUCUGUCCUGUCUCCCGUCAUUGUUGACGCACUGCCUAGCUUGAUAACUCACAUUUCGUUAUGCGCAAGAGCUCUGACCAGCCUACAAGAUGGUUGUUAACUAGCGCACUGUAUCACCGCAAUGAUGUAGCUAUGCUGUCUAUGUCUCACUUCGGUGACCUCAUGUGCCCUGUCGCGUGCCAUAUCUUGUCUGGCCACGGU